AUGAGAAAGACGCAGCACCAGCAGCACCAGCACCAGCACCAGGCGGGACACCACAAGGACGCCAACACCAAGGCCGCCCCCGCCAUCCGCUCCGACGGCAGAAGGGCCAACAAGCCACUGAUGGAGAAGCGACGCCGAGCCCGCAUCAACCAGAGCCUGGCCGCUCUCAAGACGCUCAUCCUGGACUCGGCGCGGCUCGAGCAGAACACGAAGCACUCCAAGCUGGAGAAGGCGGACAUCCUAGAGCUGACGGUGCGCCACCUCCAGCGGCAGAAGGCGCUCGGCUCCAGCUCCGUGCUCUCCAAGUUCCGCGCCGGAUUCCAGGAGUGCGCCCGAGAGGUGGGCCGCUUCCUGGAGUCGCCCGAGGUGGUGCUGGCGCCGCCCGAGCCGCACGCGUCGCUCAAGCAGCGCCUGCUGCGCCACCUGGAGAGCUGCGUGGCCGAGCUGGACCUGGACCUGGGGCUGGCGAUGCGCGCCGAGGAGAGCUCCAAGCCCGACUCGAGCUCGGGGCAGGCGCAGGCCCCGCUGCCCGGCUCCUCCUGCUCCUCCUCGUCCGCCUCCGCCUCGUCCGCCGCCUCCAGCACCGCCCCCGCGCCCGGCGCCCCCGCCGCCAGGGGCGACGAGAACAACAACCGCGGCCAGCGCACGCACAGUGCCAGCGGCAAGGCAUCCCCGGGGUCGCUGCUGGGUAGCCGCCUGCUGUCCGCCAGCCAGAGCCCGGAGCCCGCGUCGCCGCUGGACGCCACCAACCCCCUACUCUCCGUCGUACAGGUGAUCCCGUCACGGCUGCCGGACGGCCAGCUGGUGUUCCUGCUGCCGUCGCACUACGUGCAGCUGGCCGCUGCCGCCGCCGCCGCCUGUCCUGACCAGUUCGAUGUGGCCUGCCACAAGUUCUUCUCCUCUGACAACUCGUUCGUUGCUGGCCCAGCUCUCUGGAACUCCUCAGUCCGUCCUUCAGGUAAUGGCGACCCCUGA